AAAACCCCUCAUUUUCAUUAGAGCGGAAUAUUAAAAAAGCCAGUGGGAAUGGACUCUAGUUUAGCUGCGCUGAAGCUGCUAUGCGGGCAGCUGAAAGAUGCCCGAGGAACCCCUUCUCAAAAUGCCUUGACUCUUGGCGGCAUUCUCUUCCAACGUGUCUGGAUCCAGGGCGUUUUGGUCUCAAACGACGACGACGACCGCCUUCUUCUCGAUUAUAGCACCAGCGUCGUCGAGCUUAGCCUAUCCGUUGAUUCCCGUCAACGUCAAUGGAGAAAAGGGAUGUAUGUAAUGGUGGUGGGAGGAUACUUUAUCCGUACAGGCGAUCUCCCUGUUAUUAAGGUUCAUAAGAUUGUUGAUUUAUCUCCGUUUCCAGAUCGAGAAGCGAUGUGGUAUCUUGAAGUUUCGGAAGCUUACAAGUUGUUCUACCAGCCUCUCAUUGAAGAAUUCUUAUGAACUCGUGAAUUAUUCAGUUCUGUGUCUGUUAGACUCAACCCCAAAGGUUAGUUGGAUGAGAGAGCUUGAUUGAGUUUUCCAACUUCUAUUGAUUUUUGUUUUACAUGUUAUUAGUAGCAAAUUUAGAGAUUGCCAUUGUUGCCUGCAAUGAAACAGCUGAAACAUGUUCUUUCUGAUCCCCUUAGAUUAUGAAGGAUGUGUUUUCUUGGCAUUUAUAUACUUUA